AUGUCCUCCCCUCUACAGGUCACCGCCAAGUCAGCCGCGACCUCCGCUUCCAUUUCAACCGAUCAAGCCGUCGCGAAGCAAACUCCACCUCUACCGGCCGAUGACAACGACAUCUGGGUCGCCGCACAACGCGAUGAUCUGACCCGCAUACAACACCUGCUAGACACCGGUCUCGCUUCAGCCACCUCCUCUGACUCUCAGGGUAUCACGCCCCUACAUUGGGCCGCAAUCAACGACCACCUCCUCGUCUGCAAGUUCCUCCUCCAGAACGGGGCGGAUCCGAAUGCGCGGGGUGGUGAUCUGAGCGCGACGCCGUUACAUUGGGCAGCGCGACAAGGGUUGGUAUAUACCGUGCAUUUACUGUUACGACAUGGUGCGGAUCCGGCACUU